AUGAAGGUAGCUGAUUUGGUAUGGUCAGCAGUAGCUCAACCAAAACACAGGUUCAUAGGAUGGUUGGCAACACUAGGGAAAAUGUUGACAAAGGACAGAAUGAUUGGAAUGAGUAUACAGGUUGAUAAUGUCAAUUGCAUACUGUGUAAUGGGGAUGCAAUGGAAACUCAGGAGCACUUGUUUGUACAAUGUGAAUGGACAAGGGCAGUAAAGCAGGAACUGAGCAGAUGGACAAGGCAUGAUGAACAAACUACAAGAGUGAGGCAAAUGCUGGAGCAGAUAAAAAACAAGCAUUGGAAGCAAUUCAGGAAAGAAGUCAUAGCAGCAGUACACUUAGCAAGGAUAUACUAUACAUGGAGAGCUAGAAACACUAAAAUUUUUCAGGGUAGGACUGUAAAAAUAGAUGAGAUAGUUGUACAAAUCAAACGAGAAGUGAAAGAAAGAAUAGAUUUACUACAUAUGUCAAAGAAAGCACAGAAAUGUAGGGAGUUUAUACGACAACUUACUUGUAAUUAG